AUGGGUCUCCUCCGCACAGCUGGUGGGCCGGCCGAAGAAAAUGGAAAUGAAUCUUUAUUGAGACUCUUGGGGAUUCCCACCCGUAGUGCCCUGGGGACGCCGCUCGAGUGGCCCGAGGCGAAGAAAGUUGCCGGCAAAGUUCGGGAAUGGGGCAUUGAGCAAUUGCUCGCCAUAUGGAAUCGCGCCAAAGGCAAGGAGCGCGAUGCUCUCCUAUGGGGAGAUGAGAUCGAAUAUCUGGUCGUCUCAUUCGACGACGAGGGACGGGAGGUGAAACUCUCCCUGCGUCAAGCAGACAUUCUUGACGCACUUGCCAAAGAUGCCGAACUCAUCGCUCAAGGAGGUGGCGUUCCUGAACUCAAGGUCGGACCUGACAGGGGAUCGAAGACGGCUCCUACCUUCCACCCUGAAUUCGGCCGUUUCAUGCUUGAAGCGACUCCAGGUCGACCUUGGGGCAUUGGCUUUUCAGAUCUACUCGACGUUGAGCAUGAUAUGAAGUGGAGACGUCAGAUUGCCAAGGACCAUGUUUUCGAUUGCGAAUACCCGAUCACCCUGACCACUUUUCCAUUGCUCGGCGAUCGCAAAUCAAUCACACCAUUCUAUCCUCCUUCCGGCCCUCGAUUAAGAUCUCAGUUCGUCCCCGACGAAAUCGCAAACCCACAUAUCCGAUUCCCGACACUUGCGGCCAACAUUCGAUCACGGAGAGGACGCAAGAUCGAGCUCAACGUGCCAGUCUUCCGGGACGAAAACACCCCUUGGCCUUUCAAAGAUCCCACAGUUGACUACGAUCUCCACACCUGGUCCGAGGACGAUGAUGUCCGCAACGGGGCUGCGAAGGAGAAUUGCAUCUACAUGGACGCGAUGGCGUUCGGCAUGGGAUCAUGCUGCCUGCAAAUCACCUUUCAAGCCAAGAACAUCUCCGAGGGCCGCAAGAUGUACGACCAGCUAUCCCCGCUGGGACCGAUAUUAUUGGCUUUGACUGCUGCGACACCCAUCUACAAAGGCUUCCUCGCAGACACCGAUGUACGAUGGAACCAGAUCAGCGGCGCUGUGGACGAUCGAACCCCCGAGGAGCUCGGAGAGAAGCCGUUACAGAAUGACCGAUGGCGAAUUCCGAAGUCUCGAUAUGCGAGCAACAGCACAUACAUCUCUGAGGAUCCCCGUCUACGGCGCGAAUACUUAGACCCGGAUCUCGUAGUGGAUGAACAGCUCAAAGCGCGCCUCAUGGAGGGCGGCAUGGAUGAUCUCCUCGCAACGCACUUUGCCCAUCUCUUCAUCCGCGAUCCGAUCGUCGUGUUCGCAGAAGACCUCAAGGAGCUCGACCUGACCAAGACCGACCACUUCGAAAACCUACAGAGCACGAACUGGCAGCAUAUGCGGUUCAAGCCACCGCCGACAGGCAAUGACAUUGGCUGGCGCGUCGAAUUCCGACCGAUGGAGAUUCAAAUCACCGACUUUGAGAACGCAGCCUUCUCGGUCUUCCUCGUACUCAUCACCCGCGCAAUUCUCAGCUUCGAUCUCAACUUCUACAUCCCCAUCCCUCGCACGACCGAGAACAUGGAGACCGCUCACCGACGCGAUGCCGUCCUGAACGACAAAUUCCACUUCCGCAAGAACCCCUUACCCAAACGCCAACCGCGAUCUGCCAACUCGUCCGCUCCUCCCUCGGGCCCCAACUCUCCUCGAAUCCGACCCAUCAGUCGCCCACCGACACCCGUAGGCCCCGUCGAAGACGAAUACGAACUCAUGACCGUCGACGAAAUCAUGAACGGCCAGCACGCCCCCGGCGGCUUCCCCGGCCUCAUCCCCCUGGUGGAAUCCUACCUCGACACCGUCAACGUCGACGUCGAGACGAAAUGCGCCCUGGCGCGCUACCUCGCGCUUAUCCGCGGACGCGCGAACGGCUCGCUCUGGACGGCGGCCAAAUGGAUCCGGCAUUUCGUCCGGGAGCACCCUGAAUAUAGAAAGGACAGUGUGGUCACGAGUGGGAUGAAUUACGACCUCGUCAAGGCUGCGGAGAGGAUCACGGUUCAUGAAGGCCGCGACGGUUUCGCGAAGGAGAUGUUUGGGCCGAACCGUGUUAGAUCGUGA